GCUUGACACUGGACCCGUACAGCCAACCCCAGACAACCUCUCCCACCCGAUAGGCGUAGGUAGCUGCGCGCAUCGUCGGCACGGCGCUCGCUACACAAGUCCUACUACCAUGCCAUGGCUGCGUUCCAUUCAUUGUCGUCCGGCGCGACGCCCGGCGACGGCAUGAGUCUCAAUAGUGCCGUGGUCGACGGCAUAGAUUCUUCUCUUUUUGACGAUUCACUGCUAGAUACCGUCAAUGGAACGUUUCCCACCUUACCAUUUACGCCCACCUACGGCUUCGAAGAAUUCUCCGCAACAGGCUUCGAAGACCCCUUCGCAUACUCAAAUCGACAGUACGAGGUACCGCCCGCCCCCGAGGAUUUCAACCAGGACUCGCCCACGCAGGAGCUGGACAAUAAGCUGCUUGGGUUUUCGGCUCCAACGUUGAAAGCGACGCUGUUGGACGGGACGGGCCAACAUGUAGAACCCAGCAUGACUGCCGAGCUGUACGGCAUGUUCUUCGUUGCCGAGGACGUCUUUGGCGCCGAGAACAGCGGCAGACCCCUCGAGUUGACGUGCUACCGGCGGAACCUGUGGCAGUGCUCUGGCCAGGUAACCAUACCGCGACACAUUACCCACGUGGUGGACGAGCAGGGGCGGCAGAUGCCCAUAUUCGAGCUGUCCGCCUCGAUAACGGCCAUCGAGUCCAUCGAGGGCAAGAUCACGGAGAUCAUAUCAAUACCUUGGAAGAGCGCGCAUCCCAUAGGCGCCGAGGAGCCCAAGUCCAAUGGCGGACCGCCCAAUAUCGUCCUGGACCUGGCCAACGGGCAAGAGGUGGAUGCGAACAGGGUUUCCCUGCCGUUAUCGUGGAAGAGGCUACAGUUCAAGCACGCGACGGCGAACAACGGAAGGAGGAAGGGUCUCCAGCAACAUUACAUUGUGGAAAUCAGUUUGGUCGGCAAGCUGCAGUCGGGCGAAUACAUCAAGAUUGCCGAAACUCACUCCGGCCCCGUCAUCGUCAGAGGCCGCAGCCCGAGGAAUUUCGACAGCCGGAAGGACAUUCCCCUGACAGGUGGAGAUAAGAAGGUCGGCGGGAGGAGCAACAGCGACGCUACCGCUGCAACACCCCAGAAGGAGAAUGGCGGCAACAACGGCAUGCCCACGCCGGUACCCAAAUAUCAGACUGUUGGAAACGUUCAACAACCAGCAGACUGGGCGCCGCCUCAGCUAUAUCGUGAGUCGAGCGGGGGCCAGCCACCGGCGAAGAAGCUCGCCAUGUCACCGGGUAUCAACAGACCACCCAUACCGGCUUGGUCCUCGGAUCCCUCGAGAAGCCUGGGCAGGGCAUCGGCGUCCAUGUCGGUGUCGCGUGGUGCAAUAUCCGGCCCAAUAAACUUGUCCCUCUCAGAAGACGAGAGGAGUCCGAAUAGAUCGAAUUCGGACGUGCAGAGCCCGCAGUUCACCAAAUCCACGGCGGCGGCUGGCCAUAACCCGAGUCAGAGUCCCAAGGAAGAGGACGAUCUGCUCUAUGAAUACUUUCCGCUCAGCGUGGACGACUGGAUGCCGCCAGUCGAGGCAAUCUAUCGCCCUCAUGUAGUGCACCACACCAUUGUACCGCCAGAAAUCAAGGCACAGCAACUUCGGAGCAAGGCAAAGAGGUAUUUUACUGCCGAAUCGUAGGUUUAUAUACGGAUAUAUGGGGGCAUAUUUGAUACGAAUUGACGAAGCCGCAUCUUGUUCGUUUUUUAUUUUCCCUUUAUUCGCUUGGUUCCUUAUCUUGGAUGUGUAUUAUACGGUAAUGUUUUACAUUGAGCUGCUUGCUACGGAUGUGCAGAGACGAGAGUCGGGAAUAUUGGGUGAAGGGCAUUGGGUGACAUUGGGAAAUUAGGUCUGAUGCGGUUAUACCCGAGUUGUAGGUGACGAAGAGACUCAAAUACAAAACGAUGGACUUUGAUCGGCUCGGCUCCUUUCAGAGGUCGGGUUUUUCAUUCGCAGCGUUGCAUGCUACACGGUACUUGACGUAUCAAACAUCCAAAAGAUGCAACAC